AUGUCAGCGGGUAAAGGCGCCGCAUCCUCCUUGGCCCGCAAUCCGCUGAGGUGUUUGCGUAGAAAGGAGCACGCCGCUCCAAGGACGACCGCGUUCGCACCGGUCGUUGACCUCGGCCACAAGAAUGCGCGGAGACACCGGGGACCCGAUCUCAGUCUCGGGACCAGAGCUAUCGACACCCGAUCUCGAGUCGACGGUGAAUCAUGGGGCCGCGAACGAGAAUUCUCUACCAAACCGUCUCGCGGCCGAUCAGCGGCGGCCCGUAAACUCGUUUCCGAAUUUCAAACG